AUGACAACAAUUUGCAAUGGUGAAGAAUUCGAUACCAGGGCGCUUGCAGUGUGAUUGGGGUGCAUUGUGAGGGGCCUGGGGUCGCUGAUUGGUUCAAGGAAAGCACCAUAACUACAAGGAGUUUAUAUUCAUUCAACUUGUGCGCUGCUGCCGCAGCCUGGAGAGGAAUCUGCGCUUGGGCAGACGCGUGGAGAGCGUCAGGACUUCUCCAUCGGCGGCUCUCUUUAAUUCAAUGUGCUGAGUACUGUUUAAUGAUGGACUGCGGUUUCCACGGGAUGAUGGACUGACUCGACCGGUGCCUCGACCAACAUGGCGAAUGCAGACAGCGAGGUUAAAACGCUGCUGAAUUUCGUGAACCUGGCGUCCAGCGACAUCAAGGCUGCGCUGGACAAGUCGGCCCCGUGCAGGCGCUCCGUGGACCACAGGAAGUACCUGCAGAAGCAGCUGAAGCGCUUCUCCCAGAAGUACUCCAGGGGACCGCGGUGCCACGCCGGCAGGGCGGAGUGUGGGCACGCCAAACCAGCGGGGAGCCUCCACGCGAGCCUGAAGGUCGCGGAAAAGCCCGGCUCCGUGGAGAACGUGGGGAGCGCGGUGGAGCAGGUGCCCAUGAGGAAACGCCAGCUGCCAGCCUCAUUUUGGGAGGAACCCAAAUUGGCCCAUGCUAAGAAGGAACACUCGCAUUUAGGCCCCAGAAAGAACCCGGCGGUGACAUCCGAGGGGGAGGAAAGCGAGAAGAGGAGAAGGCGUUUUGACGAGGACGCAAAGCUCGCGCUCUCUGCGUCCGCACGGCGCAGCUCUGCGGACAAGGACACCGGGAAAUUGGACCUGAGCGCCCACCGCUCCGUGAGUGUGUGCGGCUGCUGCCCCUUCCAGUACCACGGACACCAGGUCCUGCACAGUCACAUCAUCGUCCCGCAUCCGCCUUUGGGGCAGUGGAGCAAAGCAGUGGGCAACGAGCCGGAGAGGCCCGAGCAUCCCUACGGACAGAAGCUCCACGCACACGUAGUGGUCAAACCCAUACCGACCAAACCCGCCGUCCAGUCUCCGAUCUUCAGUGUCUUUGGUUUCAUUUAAUUACUCCUGAAGGACUUACUUGCACGUGCAGAAUAACAUCAGCUUCGCUGUCUGACGCCACCAAGGACCCGCAAUUAAAAGGUUUUAACUGUUCUUUUUUAGGUAGCAGAAGUCAUGCAAAUGAGUGAAAACAUCCUGUUUUAGUUUCCUCUUUCAACUGUGAGAAUAGAAUGUGGGACACAGAUGUCGAAGUGAUGAUUGAAAGGCACAUUUGAAGCAAUGGGUUUUAUUUUUAAAUAAAGGAUUCAGCUUCCCUUGAGGAA